GUAGAAGAAGUGUGUCACUCUGGAAUCUUGUCGCCGCGUCAGUUGGUUAACUAACAGCGCUGUAACACCUGCCCGACUCUGCCCGUCUCCCGCUGCCACACCACGUAAGUAGCUAAAAUGUAGAGACGACUCGCCCGUUCGGACUUUUCGGUCGCUCUGAUAAUGCUGAAGAUGAAGCUACUACAGAAAACGGGCGAGGAAGGUGUCGACACAGCCGAGGACGAGCCGCUGCUCCAGCCGAGCCACCAGCGUCUUCCCAGGGCGGGCUCUCCUUCUUCGCUGUCCGACGGGCUGGAUGAGACGUCCGGACCACACUUACGCUCAGCCGAGCUGGACGCGGAGACGGUUUUCGAGUGGUUCGGCCUGCACCUCAACCCUGCCAAACGGAUCGAGUUCAUGUGCGGGCUGCUGCAUAUGUGCCAGUCUCUGGAGCUUCGCUUUCUGGGAUCGUACUUGGAGGACCUGGCCCGCAAAGACUAUCACAUCUUAAGAGACUUCGAGCACCGGGCCAACAGCCCGAGUGAUUUGGGCAUUUUAACGGACGUCAUUGACCCAGUGGUUCGGUCCAAGCUGCUGGUGUACUUGUCUCUCCUCGGUUCUGACAGCAGGGAAUGUGCCGGGAUACUGUUUCGCAUACUGAGCCAUGUAGACCCGGCCAUGUUCUACAAAAAAGACGACUACAGCGUUCCUCCAUUCAGGGAGCCUCCGCACCACCCGUCCGGUCACGCCGUGGGCCAGGACGCCAGUGCGUGCCGAAGGAACGAGCCCAACUGCGGCUACGAGGCGGCGGUGGGACCGCUGGAGCAGCUGGUGCUGCUCUUCACCAUGGCCUCGCUGCACCCAGCCUUCCACUUCCACCAGCGAGAGACUGUCCGAGGACAACUUGACAAACUACACAUGAGCAUGGAGGAGGAGAGACGUCCAAGUCUGGGAACACAGACGACGGAGCUUGUGAGCCAGAAGGUGGAUUACCUGCCCUCUCAGGAUUUGGGUGACUGUCCCGACUCCCACCCUCCACGACUGAGCCGACGGUCCCCACGUUGGGCAGCUCAAAGAGAAGCCGUGCACAUAGAAGGAAUUGUCCUCAGAGGAAUCUCUCGGACACGGCUGGACAAGGAAUACAACUUUGAGGUGAAGUGGUCCGACUCUUCCUCAACAAAUGUGACCAAAACCCAUCUUGAACUGGAGAACUUUUUGCUUAAGCUUCCUAAAGAUCACUGCACUGAGUCGUUUGAAAAGGGAAUCCUGAGACUACUCAACCAGGGGGAGCAGCAUGAGAGCAGAGAGGUGGAGAAGAACCUCAGGGAAUGCUUCCUCUCAGCGCCCCCUGUCUUCAAGCAAAGGAGAAACGUUUGCAACUUUUUCAACUGUAACUCCAGAUAUUCUUCCAAACUACUCAACUGCCGAUGCAAGCCUUUCCAAGUCGACUGCUCUGACGCCUCCAGUCAGGAGGAAGAUUCAUACGUUCCAGGACACAAAAAGAAACAGGGAGCCAAGAGUCCGUGCCAGCCAGGUAAAGGCUUCCAGCUGGAGGGCCGGAGAGGGGCUCACCCCGCAGAGCUCAGCGGUCCGUCGGAGAGGAGGAAGAAAAACUGCUCCUUGAGAAGCAACCUCAAAGUGGAGCAGCAGGACGGAGACACUAGAAGCCAGCAGGUCAACAAGGUCAAGGGCAGAAUGGUGACUGACAGGGACAAAGGGAAGGGAAGCGUGUAUGUGACCAACGGAACCUUGGCUCCAGCGCUGACUCGGAGAAAAGACGACGACUCUUGCCCCGACACAUUCGGGGAAACGUCGUCGGGAAGCAACAGCUCGCCGUCCAGCCCGCAGCACCGAGGCGCAGGGAGCCUGAACAGUGAGGACAACAAAGAUACUGACAGCCACUCAGAUGACUCCAGCAAAGGUCCCCGACUGUUCUUCAGCCACCCAGCGGACCCAGCUUUGCCUGGGGAAGCGUUUCCGGUCCACCCUCUGUCCACCAACCACCCUGGCCAGAGGCAGCCUGGCCCACUGCCCAGAACAGAUUUUCCACCCCUGCCUUUCAUGCACUCAAACCCCUACGUCCUCCCAAAUGGCACCGGUGAGCCGCCGCUUCCCAUUGUGGCCCUACCCAGUCACAACAUCAUCCACGAUCGGAAGUCUCCCUCCGGGCCGCUGCUGAUGCAGAUGCCACUCUUGCCCCCCGUGGUGCCCAGCCCAGGAGUGGGUGCAGAGCCGGAGAAAAAGGAUGUUCUGCCCAGCAUUGGCAUGGCCCCCAUGGGUCUUCUUCCCCCCGGGAGUCCAGCCCUGCCCCCCUUGGUUCAGAGGUUCAAGACGGUGCUGGGUCAUGGCCAAGAUUUCUCUGACGGAUCCUCUGCAGGGUCUUCAACCAACGCAACCCUGACCCCGGGCAGACCCAUUAACGUCAUGUCACAGGGCCCCACCUCCUUCCCGUCUUCGCAACCAGCUCCCCCAUGCCAGGACCACACCAGCUCAGCCCCCUCUUUACCUCCCGUGGACCCUCCGCAGAGCAAACUCUCUGGCUUGACUUUACCCUCCGGUCUCCCCUCUGCCUUUACACUGCCCCCUGCUGCCGCCACGACACCAGUGGGGACAUCGCAAGGCCACGUCCAAGCUGCCAUUCCCCCGGCUGUGCCCACACACACCCCUGGACCUGCCCCCAGCCCCAGUCCCGCACUUACUCACAGCACCGCUCACAUCGACUGCCUGUCCUUCAGCAACAGCAGCGCUUCCGCUGGAGCCCCCCAACCUCAGCAGCAGGUGGCGCCCCAGCAGCCCCCUCUCCCCCCGCCGCCCCAGCAGCCAGCCCUGGGCUGCGGAACUUGCGGCUGCCACAACAACUGCGGCGGCCGCAGCAGCAACAGCGUCAGUGGCUGCCAGACACCUAUGUACUUCCCGGCCCCCCAGCUGCAAGCGGCGCCGCGGCCCGUCUUCAGCGUCCCGCCCCACCUCUUCCAGCUCACCAGCCUGUGCAGUAACAACUACCUCAGCCAGGCACAGGCCACUCACCAGGCCAACGGGGCUGCCGCCAUGCCCGCCUUCUUUCCCACCGCCGCCACCCACCCGCCGCCCUUCGGCCCCCUUCACACUCCCAGCCACGCCGACGUGUCCUCCCACAUGCUGAGCACGCAGGCCGCCGUGGCCGCUGCCAACUACAGCCUCCAUCAGCAGAUGGCGCCAGCCAUGUCCUUCUGUCAGAGGGUCUACCAGCACGUGUACCCCAACGCUCUGGGGAUGAUGCACACCGCCGCACUGGGAGCCGGGAUCAACAAGAAGAACGGCAACGUGUCGUGCUACAACUGCGGUGUGAGCGGUCACUACGCCCAGGACUGCAACCAGCCGCCCGACGCCUCCCAGCAAGGUGGAUUCCGGUUAAAGUACACGUCCUCGCACAAUUCAGAAGCAGCAGACGGCGGCGACUGAGGGUCACGUGACUCGUCCUGGGAGCCGCGUGGAAACUCAAGCUCGGAGAGAAUUAGCCUCGCGAGCGGACGAACUUGUGCCUCAAAGGAUGCUGUCGCCACGGUGACCAUGUCAUCGCUGGCGCACGGAAACUGCUCUUCCUCCGUUUUUUUCUCUCUUUGAUAUUUUUGCACUGAUAGUCACAAACGUUUAACUUAUUAAUUACUAAGGAGAAUCAGACCUUUUUGGUUUUAAUGCGGAUGUUAUCGACUAAAACACUUCAAAUGAGUAUUUAUACUUUUUUUUUUCUCCUUCAUUAAUGUUUUUAUUGUUUCAGAAGAUGUAUUUCAUUUUAUGAUUGAUCUGUGUUGGCCUGACGGUUCACCUCGUUCAAGCGUUCUAACUGUGUCACACAGGCGUUUUAGCUACUGGAGGCAGCGUGUCAAAGCUGCUUUGUCAUUUCAGCUAUUUUGGCAUUUCAGAGUUGAAGUUGUCCACGGACGUCCUUUUUUUUUUUCACCUUAAAUAUCGCGGACUUUGUGGACUAGAAGCUUCUAACCUUGAGUCCUGAUUUUACUUGUUGAAGAUGCAAAGAUGAGAUGCUCGUUUUUGUCGUCAUGAUUAAAAAUGUUGCAGAAACUUCUGCCAAAAGUCA